AAUCUAUCCCAAAAAUCAGUCGAGUCUCAUUGAUUCAAAAUAUAGACUCCCCCUUUUUGAUUUCACGAAUUUUUGAAGACAGUUUACUUCAAGAAAAAAAUCUAAAUAAAAUGGAAAACGACGCUGGAGAAUUCGUUGACUUGUACUGCCCAAGAAAAUGCUCUGCAUCAAACAGAAUCAUUCAUGCUAAGGAUCAUGCAUCUAUCCAAAUCAAUUUAGUUGAUGUUGAUGAAACCACUGGACGCAUGUUAGACACCUCUAAGACAUACGCUAUUUGUGGAGAAAUCAGAAGAAUGGGCGAAUCCGACGAUUGUAUCGCUCGUUUGGCCAAGAAGGAUGGAGUUCUUUCAAGAAACUAUUAAAUAUACUAUGUCAUCAAGUAAUUACACCUUGAAAAUCCAUCAAUAAAAACAAAGUGUUUGUUUAA